GACAAGAUCAGGAACCGCUGGCGGGCGUGCCGCUUCUUUCUCCCUGUUUGCUGGCCGUAACCAGGCUGUUCCAGGCAGGGCUUGUAGUCUGAGUGGAGCGUUAUCCGCACAAUAUAAAAAAACAGCCGGGGCUGUAACUCUUUACCCAGACAAAACCCCAAUUUCUGCUGUUCAUGGCCUUAAAUGAGAUGGAGAAUUUGAAAUCUGAUGAAACACCGCGCGUACCUGUUGACUAUGUGGAGGGAAUUCUUCAACCCACACCCACCUGUGACAUCUGGGAUCAGAUCUGGAAAUUCCAAGCCAAGCCCGAUGACCUGCUUAUUUCUACCUAUCCUAAAGCAGGAACAACCUGGACCCAGGAGAUAGUGGACUUAAUACAAAAUGAAGGUGAUGUUGAGAUAAGUAAACGAGCACCCACUCACAUCCGGUUUCCUUUCAUCGAGUGGAUAAUCCCUUCUGUAGGAUGUGGUUUGGAACAAGCUAAAGCGAUGCCCUCCCCUCGGAUCCUGAAAACACACCUUCCCAUUGACUUACUGCCUCCAUCCUUCCUAGAGGAAAAAUGUAAGAUAAUCUAUGUGGCAAGGAAUCCCAAGGACAACAUGGUGUCCUAUUUCCACUUUCAAAGAAUGAAUAAAGCACUUCCUGAUCCAGGAACAUGGGAAGAAUACUUUGAGAGUUUUCUGGCUGGAAAAGUGUGCUGGGGCUCCUGGCACGACCACGUGAAAGGCUGGUGGAACGCGAAAGACCAACACAACAUCCUCUACCUCUUCUACGAGGAUAUGAAGAAGAAUCCAAAACAUGAAAUUGAGAAGCUGGCUGAAUUUAUUGGAAAGAAACUGGACGACAAAGUUCUAGACCAAAUUGUCCACCAUACCUCAUUUGACAUUAUGAAGCAGAAUCCAAUGGCCAACUAUUCCACACUGCCUUCAGAGGUCAUGAAUCACUCUGUGUCUCCAUUCAUGAGAAAAGGGACGGUGGGAGACUGGAAGCACCAUUUCACUGUUGCUCAGAAUGAGAGAUUCAAUGAAGACUACAAGAAGAAAAUGGCGGACACCAGUCUCACCUUCCACUUCCACCUCUAAAACAACCUAGAAGUCACUUGAGUUC